UGUACACCGAUGAUUCUGUUCUUUGGAGCAGUCAGUGCGCUGCAAGCGCUCCGAUGACGCGCGUACACCUUGUCGCUUCGAACGAGAAACGCGCCAGGUGAAGCCGACCGGACCCGGAUCGCGGGACCCGCUUGCGAGCCGCGGAGGAACCGUCGAAAAAAGUGAACCGGUUGCCGCGAGUGAUCGCGAUUCCGCGGAUCGUUUCGCGUCCGCGAUCGAGUUUCCCGGGGCUAAAACCAGCCGACGACGACGACGACGACGACGAUCGGCCUCAGUCAAGAUCGUCCCGCGGCCAAGUGCUACCGAUGUAAUUCAAGAAAUAACACCUCCAGGUGCCAAUAAAGCGGCCGCGCCGCAGAUGGACGCAUUCCGCCGCGACGCGCAACCAUGAUCCAAGAUCCGACGAACUUAGCCGAGGAAUCGGGCGAAUCGUCCGCGACGGGCACCGCGGUCGCGGUGAUCAUCCGACGAUCGUCGCCGAUCUUGUAGCAACCGUGCGAACAGAGGCGAACAAACUUGGGAAAGUUCACAGUGAGACGCUCGUUCGACAACAUUCCCGGCGGCUUCUGCGAGAAGACGCGCACUCGGAGGAUCGGAGAAAGCUUUCGAAACCGAAAGUUUCCCGGGGAGAAGCCGGAGCAGCGAGGCCCCGUGGGAAUUACCGCGGAAUCACGACACGUUGCAGAUGUACAUACGGGAAGACUGCGAGCUGGAACUUCCAUCGAGAUUGGACAAAUUGAAAUUGACUCGGCGACGCUUGGGGGUGGAGGAGGAGGAGGAGGCCAGCGAGAGAGGCGGCGGAGACCGAGAUUACGGAUCCGAGGCGGUGAGAUCCUCGUCAUGGUGCCGAGAUCGUCGGCGCUCGGCUCUCGCAAGGUCGAAAGGUAGUGAGAGCCGAAUCGCGGGACGCGAUUUGCGAGAUUCCAUUCGAUCGGCGAUUCGCGAAUUGUCCGGAACACGGUUCUACGGCGAAUAGACUGCUCCCCAGGAUCGAGGACAGAGACCGAUCGAGGAUCGAAUGGGGAUCGCUUUGGAAAAUGCGGGGUAACGUGAGAUCGAACGGUCGAUAGAUAGUGGCGAGAAGUGGAAGCUGAUGACGAGACGGGCGAAGAAGCGCGACGAAAGUAGCCGGAAACGAUGGAGACGAGCUACGAAGCGUUCACCGACAGCUACUACGAUGUCGGACUGUCCUCGACUCAUCUGCCGAUCGAUCGGGCCAGCACGGAGACGCCGCUCGAGUGCAAACAGGAGAUCGACGCGACCGGGCUGUUCGACUUCAUCAUCGCCGGCGUGCUGGUCAACGUGAUCGGCCUGUUCGGCAUAUUCGGGAACGCGAUCUCGAUGAUCAUCCUCUCGAGGCCGCAGAUGAAGUCGUCGAUCAACUACCUGCUGAUCGGCCUAGCCAGAUGCGACACGAUCCUGAUCGUGAUCGCGGUGUUGAUCUACGGGCUGCCGGCGAUCUACGCGUACACCGGGCUGCUGUUCGACUACAAGUUCAUCGUUUAUCCGAAGAUCGUUCGGUUCCUGUACCCUCUGUCCUGCAUGGCGCAGAUUGCGACGGUGUACCUGACGUUAACGGUGACCCUGGAGAGAUACAUCGCGGUCUGUCAUCCCCUGAAAGCGAGGUCCUUCUGCACGUACGGCCGGGCUCAGCUGGCUGUGCUGGUUAUCGUGAUAUUUUCCUUCGUUUAUAAUCUACCGAAAUUCUGGGAGAUAGACUUCUACACGGAGGUCCACUGGAAGUACAACGUGACGGUGUUGUGUGUGUACCCGGCGGAGCUCAGGAACAACGACCUGUACGUUACCCUCUACGUCCACUGGAUGUACUUCUUCAUUUGCUACCUGUUUCCGUUCCUCGCCCUGGUCAUCUUCAACGCGGCCAUCUAUAAGCGGGUGAGAAAGGCGAACAGAGAUCUGCAACAGCUGUCCCGACACCAGAGGCGGGAGAUCGGGCUGGCGACCAUGCUGCUCUGCGUGGUGAUCGUAUUCCUAAUCUGCAACAUCCUGCCGCUCGCCUCGAACAUCCACGAGACCUUCCUGCACGACCCGCCGCUCUGGUUAGUGCAAACGGGCAACCUGCUCGUCACGAUCAACAGCAGCAUCAAUUUCAUCAUCUACGUGAUCUUCGGCAGGAAGUUCAAGAGGAUAUUCCUGAAGCUGUUCUGCAGCCCGAAGCUGUUCGGUCCCGGAAGAGACAGCCCGGAGUUUCAGACGUACGACGAGUCGAUCGUCACCAACAUGACCAACAUAGAGCUCCGGAACUCGAUCAGGCACUAUCAUCUGAACCGGUCGAGCACCAUCAGCAGGAACAACAACGUUUCGAACGGCAGCACCAGGCAGAGCUUGAAGGCGUCGGGGAGACCGGGAAGCCCGGGUCCCUGCGUCUAUUAUCCUGCCAGGAGCCCCGUCAGGAGUCCCAGCCAAAUGUCGAGGACCUCCAGCAACCAUAACGGAUGGAGCAAAAAGGACGACUCGGUCCUGUAGCGAAGUAAAUACUUCGGCUUCCGGGUGCGAGAUACUGCCGUGAGAGGUCCGGAUUGCUUGUGAUCGAUCGGCUCUCGGCGAAAGGAUCCAGGAUCUUGUGCUCGAGCGUACUGGGAUCUAAGCUCGGUUUUCAGUUUCUUUUCGUCCGUCGUUCGUGUCCUCGCACUUUCUCCUAUCCUUAGCGUAAACGUAACGCUCGAUUGUAGAUGCUUGUCAUUCGACGAUCAAUCGAACUCGCGAACUGCGAUGCAUUUCGGUAUGCAACGCGCGACUGCUUUAUCGUGUGUAUAUAUUGUAUACAAGGCAUUUCGGCGUGAUAAAUAUGUAAAUGGACGUGUUUCUGUGAGUGUCGGGUCAUCGGUCAAACUCGAAAACUGUGUCGCCCCGAAAUAUUCGCGACUCUUCUCGCAUGGUUUGUCGGUACGCUGAAAAAUAAAGCAUCGGGCGCGAUGAUGAAUGUUUAUCGUGGACGUGCACGGGUCGUUUGUAAUUGUAAGUAGGACAAUAUGACAAACUGCGUGUAUGUAAAAACGUGACGAAAAAGCAUUGCAAUGCGCCACGCGCAUCAGCGAACUGUAAAUACAACUAUAUACGGACUCAUUGACUUUUGUGUAUCACAGAUUUUCAUAUGUUCGAUAAUUGUUCCCGAUGCACCGGCAAUCACGCUCGUGACAUCGAGAUACCUUAUUUCCCAAAGAACAUAAUUACAGAAAGAUUAUACGACCAACAGAUUCAGAGCUUUUCGUUGUUCUCGCAAGAACUUUCAAAGAUGACGGGUUUCUUGUCUCCGAAGAAAAACGCAAACGCGAAUACAGUAUUAUUAAGUCUCACCGGCACUUACGAUGAACAAACCGGCAACAAUAAUUGUACAAUUGAUUUAAAGCAUAUGCAAGAAAACUACCAGUGUGAACGUCUUUACUAUACAGAGGCUUGCGAAAGCGUGUGCACGCAGUAACAAUUUUUGCUAUCCUACAGAAGAGUCGUCGAAAGUAUAUGAUAUUAAUUAAAAUUGCCGAUCAACAGAACUCGAUGAUCAGACAUUUUAAUUUACAAAAUUUUAUUUGAACAUAUUGUAAAUUGAGUGAAGUUUGUCGUCGUGUGCGAACACUUUUGCGGGUCAAUUGUAUUUCUGUACAUCGUAUCGCAUCUUUAAUUAUUCCGAUAUAUUAAGGUGUACUAGACAGAUGGAAGAGGGAAGAUAUUUAUUUUUGUUACAACACACUAUUCUGCACUAAUAAAUAAAGACGUACUACAUUUGAUUCGUAGUUUCUUGAGAUGUAACGUCAUUAGGAAAACCUGCGCGUAUCCUGAUUCUUCUGGAUCUACACCUUAGCAUUUCAGAAUUACAUACAAACGUGUACCUGAGACCAUUUACUAAUUACUAUGUAUAUUGUAUCAUUAUAUGUAUAUAAGUACGUAGAUCUCUUAGAUUCUUUCCACAUUUCUCUCUCUCGUAAACGGGAUCUUCGGAUUAUCAACUCAUUUAAGAAUUACUGUUCCAUCGAAUUCAUAGAAAUUUUAUUUGCAAGUAAACGUUAUUCGAGACGUACAGACGCAAAACUCACAUGUAAAUAUCGAGGUACAAAAUAAUCCGCUGUAAUAUUUCUUUAAGCGAUUCUUUUAAUAGAUCUAAAGAAAUCAUGUUUCUAUUUGACGAGGAUCACGAAAUUUCAAAUUAAAUAGAGGGAAAAAAAACGCUCUUGUAACUAUACGACGAAAAUAUUACAUGAACUAAACUUAUACACGUAAUAGUCUAGUCACAAAAUUUCUAUCAAGCUAUUAUUGUAUUGGAAAUCUUUGUGAUUAUAUAUGUAUAUAUACAUGUAUAUGUCUAACCAAUAAGAAUGACAUCAACGUAUAUUAUAAAUAAAGUGAAUCACUUAUACAAUUGUCUGCGAUUAAUAUUGAUCGCUAUACCCAACGUCUUAAAUAUCAUUGACAAAAUAAAUUUUACAUUACCUAUAA